UCAAUUGUCAAAAGAUGUCAAUUACUCAAUUGUCAAUUCGUUUUUUUUUGAUUUUUUUGGACUAUUGAAUAUCGCGGCAACGGAAAAUUGGUUAAUUUGUUUUAAUAAUUUUUAAUAAAACUGUAGUUAAAAAUGGAAUACAAUAGCACUGGUGGAAUGCGGAGCCCGUUUUCACCUCGAGUGAGACAAUCUAUUGGGGGCCGCAGACCUAUUGGACUAGGUUCAGCUAAAAAAAAUCAGAGCAAAUUCAUGCAGUCAGUGGAACAGCCUGGAGAUGUGAUCUACAAGACUGCAAUGAGCAGCAUUGAGACGUUUGGCACGCCGCUGCCUGUCAUGGUGACUGAAACACUCACUUUUGCUAGUGGCGACGUGAGCGUCCGCAUGUCUCCGUGCGGCUGGUGCUGGGUGGUGGCGGGGCGUCGCGUGCUGGCCUGGCCGCGCGAGGCGGCUGCGUGCGCGGCGCCCACGGCCCGGGAGCUCACGCUGCCGCAGACGGACCUGGCGCACAAGGCCGAGCUGGUGCUGCUGUUCUAUGAGGAGGGGGCACAGAUCCCGUCGUGCAUCGGCGUAUCGCCAGAGGGCGUGGUGCGCUACUGGCCGUCGGUGGGCGCGGAGGGCGCCUACACCGACGUGUCGUGCGAGCUGGCCGGCCAGGAGUGCGACCGCCUGGCCGCCGCCAGCCGCGGCCUGCUGCUGGCCACCACCACCUGCACACUGGUCAAAAUCAACACCACUAAUGAGGGUCGUCCCACAGUAGUGUGUCAAACGCUGCGGCCGCCCAGCGGAUGGCUCGGCGGCAUCGGCCGCAGGGUGUCGCUGUUGUUCUUUGGAUCGAUGCCCGCGCACGCUGACACGAAAUUGGUGGGAGUAGUGGUGCUGCCUCCGUGGAGCAGCCCGGAGAGCGGCGAGACGGCGGAGGAGGAAGAGUGCUACGCGCUGGUGGCGGGCGGGCCGCUGCUGCAACUGUGGUGCGGCGCCGAGGUGCACGAGCACCAUCUGCGGCGCCCGCUGUCUGAGGCCUUCGCGCGGUCGCACCUAGCGCCGCAAGGCGACCUCAACAGCCUGGAGAUCAUGGCGCUGGACGUGCACGCGCACGGCGCGCGCGGCCUGCUGCUGCUGCUGGCCGCCGUCAACGUGGCGCGCUCGCCCGACAUGAGAUACGCGCUCGCUCACAUCAGCGUGGAGCAGCGCGAUCGAGCCCGCGUGGUGUCGCUGUGCGCGCUGCACGUGCCGCGCGACGACGAGCCGCCGCGCUGCCUGCCGCUGCCCACGCGCCCGCUGCUGUACACCUCCACCUACGUGGCCUGCUUCUCGCGUGAGUGUCGACACACGGCACGUCGCCGUGCGCGCUGCACGUGCCGCGCGACGACGAGCCGCCGCGCUGCCUGCCGCUGCCCACGCGCCCGCUGCUGUACACCUCCACCUACGUGGCCUGCUUCUCGCGUGAGUGUCGACACACGGCACGUCGCCGUGCGCGCUGCACGUGCCGCGCGACGACGAGCCACCGCGCUGCCUGCCGCUGCCCACGCGCCCGCUGCUGUACACCUCCACCUACGUGGCCUGCUUCUCGCGCCGCGCGACGACGAGCCGCCGCGCUGCCUGCCGCUGCCCACGCGCCCGCUGCUGUACACCUCCACCUACGUGGCCUGCUUCUCGCUGUCGACACACGGCACGUCGCCGUGCGCGCUGCACGUGCCGCGCGACGACGAGCCGCCGCGCUGCCUGCCGCUGCCCACGCGCCCGCUGCUGUACACCUCCACCUACGUGGCCUGCUUCUCGCUGUCGACACACGGCACGUCGCCGUGCGCGCUGCACGUGCCGCGCGACGACGAGCCGCCGCGCUGCCUGCCGCUGCCCACGCGCUCGCUGCUGUACACCUCCACCUACGUGGCCUGCUUCUCGCUGUCGACACACGGCACGUCGCCGUGCGCGCUGCACGUGCCGCGCGACGACGAGCCGCCGCGCUGCCUGCCGCUGCCCACGCGCCCGCUGCUGUACACCUCCACCUACGUGGCCUGCUUCUCGCCGACGGCGACGGACAAGGCGGAGUACGUGGACGUGUCGGCGGAGUCGGACCGCAUCCUGGGCGCGGCGCUGUGCGACGGCCUGCCGCUGCUGUUCAGCCGCAAGCACGGCGUGCUGCUGCUGCGCGCCGCCGAGCCGGGCCCGCAGCACCACACACCUUCUAUAUGCGACAGUCCGAUGGGGUCGCCGUGCCCGUCAGACAUGUACGACAGCAACUUGUCGCUCUACGAGAUCGACCCGCACGAGGUGAGCGCCAUGAGCACGGACGCAGCGGGCAAGCUGAAGAGCGCCUUCCUGUUCCACGUGCGCGGCGAGCCGGGCGCGGCGGCGCGCCUGCUGGCCGAGCUGUUCCCGCGCGCCGAGCCGCACAGCGACGCGCCGCUCGACCGCACCGCGCUGGCGCUGGCGCAGGACAUGCUGGACGACGCGCCCGCCGGCGACCCGAGGUGGAAGCUGCGCGGCGGCGGCGCGACGCGCGUGGCGCUGGGCAGCUCGGCCGCGCUGCAGACGGCGGCGCAGCUGCGCGACAAGCAGCGCGUGUUCGCGCUGUUCCUCGACUUCCUGCGCGCGCACGGCCUGUGGCGGCGCCUCGCCUGCGUCACCAGCGAGCACGCGGAGGGCGCGGUGAGCACGCAGCACGAGCUGUGCGCGCUGGGCGAGCGGCUGGCGGCGGCGCGCGCGCUGCAGCGCCUGCACCAGGAGGGCGCGCCGCUGGUGGACGCCGCGCUGCACCGGGUGACGGCCGGCGCGGAGGGCGAGGGCGCCGACAGCUCGGAGGGCGAGGAGGCCGAGGUGCUGCAGGCGCUGCGCAGCGGCGCGCUGGCGGCGGCCGACGUGUGCUUCCGCCGCGUGACGCGCAUCACGCGCGUGCUGCGCGCGCUGGCCGAGCUGCCGCCGCCCGCGCACGACGCGCGCGCCGCCGCGCACCACGCGCUGCACGCGCUCGGCGCGCUCACGGUGAGUGGCGUGCGGCUGCCGCCGCCCGCGCACGACGCGCGCGCCGCCGCGCACCACGCGCUGCACGCGCUCGGCGCGCUCACGCUGCCGCCGCCCGCGCACGACGCGCGCGCCGCCGCGCACCACGCGCUGCACGCGCUCGGCGCGCUCACGCUGCCGCCGCCCGCGCACGACGCGCGCGCCGCCGCGCACCACGCGCUGCACGCGCUCGGCGCGCUCACGCUGCCGCCGCCCGCGCACGACGCGCGCGCCGCCGCGCACCACGCGCUGCACGCGCUCGGCGCGCUCACGCUGCCGCCGCCCGCGCACGACGCGCGCGCCGCCGCGCACCACGCGCUGCACGCGCUCGGCGCGCUCACGCUGCCGCCGCCCGCGCACGACGCGCGCGCCGCCGCGCACCACGCGCUGCACGCGCUCGGCGCGCUCACGCUGCCGCCGCCCGCGCACGACGCGCGCGCCGCCGCGCACCACGCGCUGCACGCGCUCGGCGCGCUCACGCUGCCGCCGCCCGCGCACGACGCGCGCGCCGCCGCGCACCACGCGCUGCACGCGCUCGGCGCGCUCACGCUGCCGCCGCCCGCGCACGACGCGCGCGCCGCCGCGCACCACGCGCUGCACGCGCUCGGCGCGCUCACGACGGCGCUGGGCGAGAUGCACAAGCUGCGCGCGCAGGCCGGCCCGCGCCCCGCGCCGCCGCUGGGCCCGCGCGCGCUGCUGUCCGCGCUCGCCGCGCUGCACAAGCGCGCCGUCUCCGAGUGCGCGCACAAGUGCCCGGACGCCAGCCUGCGCGCGCAGCUGCUGGAGGCGGCGGCGGCGCUGGCGGAGCUGCUGCUGGCCGAGGCGGAGCCGCUGCGCGCCGCGCGCACGGCGCACCUGUACGAGCGCUUGCGCAGCGACACCAUCACGCCGUACCUGCAGGAGGGGCAGCUGGAGCGCGCGGCGGCGCUGGCCGAGAAGUUCAAGGACUUCGAGCUGCUCAUCGACAUGUGCGUGCGCCGCGGCGACGCGCAGCGCCUCUGCGCCUACGUCGACCGGUUCGCGCACGAGGGCAUGGCGGAGAAGGCGUUCGCGUGGCUGGCGUCGCGCGGCGGGCCGCAGCGCGCGCUGCUGCUGCGCACGCUGGCGCCGCGCGCGCCCGAGCGCCUGCGCGCCUGGCUCGCCGCCGCGCCCGAACGCCUGCCGCUGCGCGCGCUGCACGCGCUGCUGGCCGACGACGCGCCGCUCGCCGCCGCGCUCUACGCCGACCUGGCCGAGCAGGAGACGGAGCGCGUGGCCAGGAUGCGGACGGCGGCGUCGCUGGCCAAGCUGUGCGCGCUGGCGGACGAGGGCCCGCAGGCGGACGCGUGGCGGCGCGCCGAGGCGCGGCUGGCGCUGGCCGAGCAGCACGGCGCGCUGCCGCGCGACCUGCGCCUGCACCACGGCCUGGACGACGACGCGGAGGGCGGCCGCGUCAUGGACCCGGAGGAGAUCGUGCAGAUGUACAUCGACUCGUCGAGCCGCUCGCUGACGGAGUACGACUACAAGAAGGCGCUGGACCUCACCGACUUCGUGGACGACAUGGAGCGCCGGGACGAGCUGCGCCUGAGGGUGUGGUGUGUGUGCAUCCGGCGCGACGACUGGUCGGUGUGUCGCGUGGACGCGCCCGCCGCAGAGAUGCAGGACAAGAUGUUCUUCCGCCUGCUCGACCUCGUGCACCUCAUGGGGGCUGAUCUGGAACUGCUGCUGCCACCCGUGGAGGACAUCCUGACGGCGCCGGAGCUGGCGGAGCUGGUCUCCGACCCUCGAUUCCACUUCAUCAUCAAGUACGGCUACGAGCAGGUGGACGCCACUAGAACCGACCACUUGAUCGAAGCGUCGUAACUCUUGUAAUUUAUAUUAAGCGAAGAUCGCCUUAGUACAAAUUGUGCUGCGUCGUCGCAAAGGAUCAACGCAUUGUAUGCCACACCUGCGUUGCGUCGCCGCAGUGCAAGCGAACGACUCACGCUCGCACAUGGUCAGUCUCAAGAUCUAAACAAGUGAAACACUGUCGUAGCGAUUGAUCUCCGUGAAACUUCGCUGCAACGACGCAACGCUUUAAUGGUGUCAUAUUAAACGUUAUUACGACGCACCGUACGCAACGCACUAAUGGGGCAUCGCUUGAAACGCUUGACUGCAAUCUCUUCUGAUGUUAAGUUUUAUUGUAUCCUGAGGGCUUAGUUGCAAUUUGAUAUUGUGAUGAUCGCGUUAACGUAAACGCGAUUUUUUAAGGAAUCGAAACAGCGCCAUCUAGUGGCACUACUGCACAACUGUUUCAAUUCCAUAUAAGUUCGCGUUUACGUUAACGCGAUAGUAACAGUAUGAAAACAUUGAAAACUCCCACUAGGCACACUGGUUAUAUGUAUAUUGCUGUAUACGACUUCCGUGGCGCAGUGGUAUGCGCGGUGGAUUUACAAAACGGAGGUCCUGGGUUCGAUCCCUGGCUGGGUCGAUUGAGAUUUAGUUAAUUGAUCCUAUUUUAUAAUUGAAUGUGUCUUUAAAUACGUCUAAAACAAACCUUGGUUAAGAACCAAGUGGUUUUCUGAACCGAGGGAAAUAAAUCUAAAACUCAAGUUAUAUUUUAUAUUCUAAUUUGGUUCAGGUUUGUUCAGAUGGUAUAUUUCACGUGUUUUUGCUAUUAGCCUAAGCAAACACUUAGAGCUAAACAAUUUGACAUUGGUCGCCAUUUGUGUUUCUCUCUAGGUAUGAUGUGGUGCCUACAAAUUAUAUUUAAUACAUCUAUAGUACCAUCUUGAACUACUUCUACUCUAAACAUCACCAGUAAAGCGUUCAUGUUUUAGAUGAGUUAAAAAAUAUGAGAGUUCGAAAAGAUCAUUAAAAAUACCAAAACCAAUACCAGUUGGUUGCUGUACAUCCUGUGAUGUACGAUAACUAUGUACUUUAUAAUUGUCAAAUUCGUAGACUGAGAGCCUGCGUUAGCGAGACUUACCUCAUUUUAUGAAGGCUGACAUUUCGUCAGAUCAGGAUUUUAGCAUAGGUAUGGAGCCAGCUAUGGAGCCUGGACCGUGGUGACCUUUGAAAGUGGUUAAGAUACCUUAUUAUGGAGCGACCAAUCAUUAUUGAUAGUUAAAAUCAGAGUGAAGUUACCAGACCAAUUACAAGAAAUAUAACUUAUUUAGAUGAGAUCGACUUGAAUUUGUUUAAAUUUUAUAAAUGUAAAUCAUGAAAUCAGCUAUCUUAGUACCCAUGACACAUGGUGCUUCGGGGUUGGAUAGUAAGUAUUUUCCAAAUAUAUUAAUUAAUUAAUUUAUAUUAGGUAAUAAUAUAAUUUUCAACACAUCAUCCUAUUUUAAAUUAGAACAUACCUAUGCAUAGAACAAUGCAAAAUAUCAAUUAUUAAGUAUUAAGGUAGUUCCAAUCCAAGUGGAUGACAGAACACGGUUUAACCCAAUGAAGGACAAGAAGUGUGUUGCACUAUGUAACACGUAUUUUUUAUGUUUCCCCUGACAAAAUAUAAGAGAAAUAAUGUCCCCAGUCGUCAAUCACUAAGCAUCGCUACAACCUUUCGAAAAACGCCUACAAAGAUUAAAACAAUCAUAGCAAUCACGACCCACACUCCAUAUUAUUGUAUGUAUUACUUACUCAUGGUAGAAGCACGGUGGAACCAUACUUCUAGGCUUCAUAGAAUCAGGUAUGUCUGGCAGUCGCAGGCUCGCGUUAUAAUAUACAAUGUGUGGAGACUUCAUAGUGUAGGGUUUACUGAACGCUCAGCUAUAUUGAUUUAAUAUUCCGGAGUGAGUAUGAAAUUACUUAUGUUUUAUAUAGCUGUAUUGUUUCAUAUCUUAACAAGCCCUGCAAACUCGCACAGUCUCCUUAAAUAUGUCAGCUAAUGUGUUCUGUAACUUUUUCACCAAGUUGAUGUGGCACAACUUUAAUGUUUUAAUUUAAAAUUGCCAUUUAAAAUUUAGGAUUUACGUCAUCUUGCGGACCUUAAGCUUUUUGGUAUAAAAAAUAACCUAUGUGCUAUAAUAGAUUAUAAUCUAUCUGAGUGUCAAAUAACAACAAAAUCAUGAAACGUCACUGACAACGCCUCUACAAGUUUUGGACAUUUCAUUUUUGAAAAAAAAAUUAAUGGGGGUUGUGCUUUAUCAACUCGUUGAAAUGUUUCAAAUACUUGCGUUAGAAUUUGACAGCCCUUGAUUUAAUUUGUAAGUUUCUUUAUUGUUUGUAGGUUUAAGUUAAAAAUGUACAAUUUCUCACCAUUCGAUAAAGUUCAGUCAGACUGAUUUAGGUGUAUGCCGCGGUUUAUCGACCAUACAGUGGGGAGUGCUGUGUAGCAUUAGCGCUUAGUUAGCUUUCAAAGAGCUGUUUGAGAUAUGUAUUAUUACGCUAGUAUAUUGUUUUAGCUACACGAUAGCUCAGAACAUAAUAUAUCAAUCAGUAUUAUCGGUUUUGUAUUUGGCAGAUCUGAAUGUUGUAAAACUAACGUCCGGUUUUUGGGAAAAGUAGUCAAAUUUUAUUUUGUCCAUUCAAUUUAUGCAUAUAUACGCAGUAACUAAGCUUUGUUUGAAGACUUGACACUUGAAAAUUUUUGGAGAAAAUGUACCCGUCGUCCAACUGUAUGGUUGUUAAAUUAGGACUAAUUCUAAGAUAGCUAUAAUGUUGUGAUUCUGUUAAUUUUUUAAUCUUAAUAUGUUGCAUUAAAGGUAAUUAUUAAAAAAAAA